AUGUCAAUUAGCAAGGCUCACAAUCAAUUCGAGCUCAAAUCUGAGCUCGACGAAAUAACAGGCUCUCGGCGAUCCGUUGCAGAAAGCCGAAAAGAAUCCCGCCCAGCUUCAAGUACGAACAAAAAACGCCGAAAAGUCCAAACAGUUAACACAAUUGACCUUGAAAACAAAUUGCUUGAGCUUCAAGAGCAGCUGGAAGACGAAAAAAGCCGCAGCAAAGAUCUUCAAGCAAAAAUAACUGAAAGGCAAGAACGUUAUGUAAAAAGAGAACAAGAGUAUAGGAGAACCAUUGCUGAUUAUGAAACCAAGCUAAGACAAGGAGCUGGUGAAAAGCCGCUGCAGUUAUUAGAAACGACUGGGAGAACACUUGAAAAAAUCAAUAAUUACCAAGGGCAGAUUUUAAAUAAAAUUGGGACUAUACAGCUCAAGACUACUCAUUUAUUGCAAGACCAAGAAAAAGAAAUCGUCAGAGAUUUUAAUGUGAUGCUAAAUAUGACUGUUAAAGAAACUGAAAAUUUUUAUGUUAAAAGCAAAGCAAUUUUUAUAUAGAAAUUUAAAGGUAGAUAAUAAUGGAAUAUGAAAGUCUUUUGCUAAAUAGCAUAAUAAAACUAAAGAACUUGAAGAAGAAAAACGAAAAAAAGUCCUUGGAAUUGGGUCUUAUUCUCAGAAAGAAUCAAGGUUGAUGGAAGAACUAGAUAUGAGGAAAGCUUCAGUUGAAAUCAUAGAAAACAAAAAUAAACUUUUACAUAAAAAGAAUUCUGAACUAAAAAUAGAAUUCAAAGCUCACGAAAACGACCAAUUUUUGUUAGAAAAAGAACUCAAUGAAGCCCGAGAAAAAAACAAAAAAUUAAAAAACGAGCUCUCAAAAGCGAGAGAAAAUUCUAUAUCAGUCCCACAAGAAAUGCAAGCCCAAACCGCAGGUUUUGAUACAGACUACAGAUCAGAAGAGCGGCUUAAAUACAGUCCAAGCCGCGCUUCUGAUAUUGACUUGCCAAACCGUUACGAAAGUAUCAUCCAAAAGCUCAAAAGAAUGCUAGAACUAGAAAGAAAAAAUUUGCGGGCAGCCCGAACUGCAUACGCAAGAGAACUUGAAAGCAAAAGGGAGCUAGAAACACUCAUAAGGCAAUGUGUAGAUGACGUGAAAAGCCACAUCACCAAAAAAAGGGCAGAACAAAGAAUUAAAGGCCCAGAUAGCUCUCCUGAUGAUAUAGAAAAAGUAAUAGAAGUUUUGCUGUCACAAGAAAGGGUGCUAACUUUAUUGUAUGAUAAAACAUUCCCUCCGAGGUCUGUAGCAAAGGAGCCUUAUUAUUCAGAUUUAGACUCAAAAAAUAUGAUGGAAAGUAUUGACCAUAAUAUUGAAUCUAUACAGCAAAUUUAUACAAAACAUGAGGAAGAAAUACAUGACACGACGGAGAGGGCAAAAAUGGAAUUUUAA